AUGGGGGCUCCACGGCAGAAGAAUCUCAUUAAGAGCAGGAGAAGAAUCGAGGAUGAUGGGGAGGAGGAAGAGGGUUCUGUGGCCGCCGGUGUGGAGGAGGAUUCUUUGAGCGAAGGAUCUGCCAUAAGCGACGCGGAUGACGACGCAGAUGCUGAAGGGAGUGAUGGCAGUGAUACGUCGCCUCCUCGGACAAAUUCGAAAGUAGAUGCGGUAGCGAAUGGACAUCGGGAACGUCUUUCAAACGCUGCACCACCGUCCAGAUCAGCCCCAUCAAAAUCUCCUCUUGCCACCACAGUUAAUGAUACAGAAGCAAUGAUGAAUGGACUGAAGGUCUCGGGCGAGGUAGAUGUUGAAGGGACAAAUUUCGAAGACCUGGGCAAACAGCUAGAAGGGGAACCGCAGCAGGGCGUCGCACACCAAGGACCAGCUGAACUGCUUACAGCAGACAGCGUAGGAGAACGAAGGCGACGGGAGCAUGAAGAGUACAAGAAGAAGAGGGAUGCGGAUCCAGCGUUUGUUCCCAACAGAGGCGUAUUCUUUAUGCAUGAUCACCGAUCUGCUGCGCCAGGCCAGAAUGGCUUCAGACCUUUCGGCAGAGGCCGGGGAAGAGGGCGAGGGCCCAUGGCAGGCCCUUACCCGUCAUUCAGAGACUCGCAGCCUUUGGGACCAGCCGAUGCCCCUUGGGCUCACGAUCUCCAUGAGACUGUCACCCAGCCCAGUACGCAGACUGCACAUGACCACGAAAUACCCUUCGAUCCCAGCACACACGACCGACAAAAUGGAAGGUCGCCUCCUGCGAAGUCACAACCACCUAAUCGAUCAUUUUCGAAAACGACAAUGAUUGGAAACGUUCAGAUCAGAGUGUUACUCAGCGGCAUGUCAGAUGCAAUAACAUUCCCUGCGGUGCCCGUGAAUCAACAUACUCGCCUUCCUCACCACCGCCCACCACUUCGCCGAGACAAACCUGUCAAGAUCUCCUUACCGGAGAUGCCCAUCCGGUAUGUCUUUCCAUCGCUGGACCGGUCCUUCAUAUUCAUUCCUCGAGCCAUGCGACCCAAUCAGCAAGGCUUUGGUAGAAUACGGGGAAGAGGAAGCUUUGGUGGAGGAUAUAGUGCCUUCGGUGGACUUUCCAGCAGGAGGACGAGUGCCUAUGCUGGAAGCGCUUAUUCACCAAGUGUGGCCUUGAGUAGGAGGUCGUCACUUGCACGAGAAGUGGCGGUGGAAGGUAUCAUUUCGCCAGCAGGUGCAGCUCCACCGCGACCUGCGCCAGUAGUCCGAUUACCUCCGGCAGCCGAGCAGAUUCAGGUAACGGGUCAACAGCCUGCGACUAACAUGAGCAUGGCUCCCACGGUCAAUCUUCCUCAGCCGUCAGCCUACCCACUCCCUCAGAAGCCUACAUUCCGCGAGAACCGCCCCGCAGCCCUACCGAUGCACCAUCCGAAGCCUGAAAGGACACUGCAAGUUGCAGACAUAGACUCUCCUGCCACUCUUGAGUUCAACCCACCGCAGCAACAACAGCAGCUGCCGUUCCACCAGCAAGUACCCACACAGAUAACCGGUCAGGCAUACACGCAAGAUUUCCAGCAUCCCCAUUCUCGACAUCCAUCUCACCCCAGUCAAGCAUCUGGUGGUACACCUUUGCCUCAAAUACCCGAGAGAGCUAUCCACGCUCAACCGUUCCAACCCUACCCUUAUCAGCAACCGCAGGGCUUCUACCCACCACAUUUCCCUCCGCCGGUCUACUUCUAUCCUCCUCCAGACCAAGCUGGCGGAGCUCCCUCGGCCGCAGCUCCAGCUUUCGUGCCUGGUCAACCUUAUCCUUAUCCUAUUCCACUUGCACCAGCCCCGCCACCGCCACCGCCGACCGAGCCAACCACACAAGCAGGCACUGUCGCUCACGAGAGCAACGGAAUGGUCUACUACUAUGACUCUACACAACUACCUACGCCUGUAGAAAGUACGCCGCCUUACCCUCCAGCAGGAUAUGCAAUGCCGCCAUCAGGUGGAGUGAUGGGCAUGGGUGGGAUGAUGACACCUCCUAUCUUUUAUGCGCCGCCUCCAGGUUACUACCCACCACAAUAA